CAGGUACCAAAUUCCAUCCAGCUUUUGACGAAGCCUCUACACAUUCUACACUCCCUCAACCGGACGCUAGGCGACCAAAUUUGUCAGCACCGACACCCCGAUGUUGGCCAUUCAAUCCCAAGGCUACCUAGAUUCUACUCGGUUGUCCACUCUGCAGUGAUGGGCUCAUGGUUCUUGGAAAUACGUUGCCCAUCCACCUGCAGCUCAAAGCCGAGAUCGGCAGGGCCGACUUUGACGGCAACGUCAAAUCUGCACACACGAGACACGGCAUCCUUCCUGAUCUUGUACCAACGGCUACGCACCCGGGUCUCUAUUACCUUGCCAGCCUCCUCCAGAAUCGUCGUGUCGCCAACCAGGUCGCAUAUCUUCCUCACCCUCGAUCCCACUGCCAUGUGAUUAGGCGGGAUGCCGUCGCCGUCCCACAUGACCACCUCGGCCGACCAGGUGACGGUGCAGUCGUUCCCUUUUCUCAGCUUGAUUUGGAAACCGUGCUUUUUGUUUUCGCCGUUGGCAUCGAGAUGAUCACCCUGCAGAUAACGGUUGAUGGAAACCACUUAAUUUGGUUCUUGGCCCAUUUCUUCUUGUCGAUGAUUUCGAUAUCGCUUUUUGGCAGUGUCAAGUGCUUGUGCUUGUCAUAUUCUUCCUGAACAACGAUGCCGUACGAAGCUCGGGCUACAAAGUUCCUCAGCACUGGUAUGCCUGCCAUCGUUUGCUGAUGGCCAAACAGCAUACCGCGGACGACCACCAGCUGCGGGUCUUCGCUGUUGAGAAUGACGGCAUUCGAAGACUGAAGCUUUUCAUGCCGGCGGCCUGCGAGAAUGUGGCGCAUCUGAGAUCGGACGUACUCGGACUUGCCAAGCCCGCCUGAAAGAAUGACAUAUUUCUUGUCGAUUUUGAUUCAGGAUCAGCAAGAAUCUGAGCGGUUGUAUUUGUGCUUCAACUGAUAACGGUAGACUUACAACGAUUCGUCGGUCAUGAUUCUUUGUCAACUGAUCAAGCUGACGAGUGACUCCAGUGGCGAUUCUAUCAAUAGUAGGAUCAAAAAGACCUGCCAUGUCAUGGCUAUCAGAUGCAAAGAGUUGGAACAUCAGCGUCUUUUUCCCAUUUGCAAGUCAAGGGGUUCGCCUUACUCUGAGAAUUGCAUGUUUCCGUUCCUGAUUUGAAGCUCGGGAACAUCGACGCUUCUGCCCACUUCGUCAACCCGCACAAUAUGUGGCUGCUGCCUGGCCGGACUCCCAAAGCCAUGCUUGACUAUCUUGAAGGCCCUGGAAGCCGAAAGUGCGGUCGAAAAUCUCGGGGCUCGCCAGGGCAGUUCGGGUAGCGUUCCCCUUGCGUUGUCUAUGCGCGACCGCACCAGGUUGGAGAAGGCUAUGUCUACUCUGCUAGCGCCAUGACCGACACCGCGGACUGGGAAGAUGGCCCUCAUCUGUGGAGACUCGGCAUCGUUGGACGUGACUUCGGUCAGGGAAAAGUCGGUAGUGCCACCGCCGGCGUCGACACAGAGAAACAGGUCGCCCACGUCGAAGCCGAUGGUCUUGUUCUUCAGCACAUCGAUUGCCGCCGCCUCGGACUCGGUCCUGUAUAUCUCGGCCGUGUGGUUGAAGCAGUUGGGACCAGCAAAACCAGCGUUGAAGUAGCACUGCUUGAAGUCGUGGGCAACCUUUGGGUUCUGCCAUGUGGUCGGUAUGCUAAAGAGGAAGUGGAUUCUGAGUUCGUUCCACCCCGGACCUCGACCGUCAUGGUGGUAUUCCCGGUUGAUGCCGUUCAUGAUGACUUGUUUGAUGUGCUCGUACAGGCAGUGGAGGUAGUCGGUUACAAUUCCGAGCGCUUCCGCCUGCGACUCGGGCAAGCGAAGCGUAAUUCCUGCUGCUUUAAAUAUCUUUAGCUCCUUGGGGUCGACAAAGAGCUUGAAGAACUGCCAGGGUAGGUUGCCCGCCAGUCGAUCUUGAGCGCAUCCGAAGCCCCAUGAUAAUACCCUUGUUUGAUCGUCGGGAUGGUAGAGGAUCUGGCUCGGAACCUUGAUUUCAUCUUCGCCGAAUGGCCAACUUUUGAUUAUCUGGAUUGGUCCUCCUCCCUUGGGCCAUUUGCAGCGCCGCCACCCGACCCCUGAAGGCAAGUCAACAAUGCUGUUUCUACCCUUGUUGAUCUAGAGGCUUGGGGUUGACUGUACCUGUGUAAGUUGUCCCAAAGUCCACCGCGACGACAAUGUCGGGGACUCUGGAAUCCAUGUUUUGCAAGACUUUAGGCCGAAACCUGGAUAGACAGAAUGGUUUGGGGCUUUGCGGAAGGGCAAGCACUUGAAAGUAGAAAAAGGGGGCUGUGGGAAAGGCUGGUGUUCAGAAAUGCCUUGACUGAACCGAAUGGAUGCGCCGGCUUUAAGGCAAGCGAGAGGCCAGAGGUGGAGGCAAAAAGAAGAAAAGUUGAAGCGAGAAAAAAAUGCUGCAGUCGGAGGACUCGAUCUAGAUCCCCAGACCACUUUGGCCUGAGGGGCUGAGGGCGGCAGAGCUGCAUUAGGGGCGAGAAUACCAACAGCCGCAAUGGCCUAAGUAUGCUGCUUCCAUGCUUGAUCCGAAAAAGGGAGGGCUGAAAAAAGAGGGCCAGAAAUAGGAUCGAGGAGAGCCGUCACCUGCAGCAUGUCACAGCCUCCAUGCGGAGACUCUGGACAGGUACCAAGAUUUCCAGUUAAAGCCUUUGUUGCUUUCUUGCCAUCCCCCAUACCCUCUUUGCUAUUAUCCCUUCUACUGCCCCGUUACAAUUUCGUUUUCGUUGCAAGAGCUCAGAGUUGGCAUUUUUUUUUUUUACUUUGGCUCGCUUUGCCGCUGUCAUCAACACUCACUUUUUAUCUCCCUGCCCGGCCUUGCCAGUCUUGAGAUCUGGAAUCAAGCCUGAUAUUUGUUUGAGAAACGCUUUCCAAUAUGCCUCGGACUGUUUUAUGUGCGGCACGUAUCCUGCCCAGAGCCGAACUGCCGUCACCUGGCCAGUCCUCACAGGGCCCGUCUACAGGGGCCGCGGCCGGGAGUCCACAAAACGGGACUUCACAACCCGGGAUUCCACAACCCGGGAGUUCACCAAACGGGAGUACAACAACCACGACUUCACCAACCGGGAAUGCCCAGACCACGGAGAUCGCUCAUCCUCCUCCUGGUGUGAAUCUUGAAGGGGCCGUUGGAAUUGCCAUGGGCUGCCUGGUGGCAGGUAUCCUAAUCGGCCUGGCUGCAAUGAUCUUGUUCCACCGCCGCAGGACCUACGGCACCAGACGGCGGGCCCCAGAAGCACCCGUGGCUCGUCAACUGCCAGUCCAGGCGCAGACGCCCCAGAAGCUGCUUCCUUGGCACAAGGAUAUGUUUGAACUUGGCCCAUUCCUCCUCGACUCGUCGUCCGACAAGGAUAUCGCAGGCAUGCUGGACGAGGCAGGUCAGCUGAUUGAGCAGCACGUCGAGAACAACUACCAUGCGAAACCGGUAUCGACUAGCCCCCACGAGCUGACAAAGGCCUUGCAAGGUCUGGGCGUGGAGGGUGUGGACGGCAAGGGAUCGUCAGUGUCGGCGGCCACAUUGACUUCGCUUGCACUCGAAAGCGGCACACGAAGGUUGGCGCUUAGACACCUUCUCUCACUCGUCAUAUUUUCUAGCAUGGAUCUGGAUCGCAUUCGUCGUCAGAAAAUCCCCGGACACCCACCUUCGAUACUACCGGCGCCAAUGGUUGCAUUCGUCCAAGCUCAGCCCGGGCCGGGUCUAUACGAAAACCGAGAAGCCACCGCGCGUGCGGCUACCCAAUGGCGGGUCUUGGCGGCAUACCUCAUGAACGGCAAGAGGUGCGACAGGACCGCGCUGGAGGCCGAUCCAGAAGCCCUAAAAGCGCAGGCCGCAGCGCUAGCGCAGGCCCUCGAUGCGGUCUUGGCCCCCUUUGCGAGGCCGGGGCAGGUGGAAAAUCUCGUGGCGGUGAUAUUGGAAUCGGCGCGGCUCGGGUACGUCUUGGUAUCGCAGCCGAAUGAUUGGAGGUUUGAGCACAGCCGCAGCGGCGGUGGCAGCAGCAGCAGCAGCGGCGGCGGCAAUGAAAAUGGCAAAAAGGUGGAUGCAGGGGGGUUGGAGUUGGUUGUAUGCGCGGGCCUCAGUAGAGUGUCUUGUGGUGAUCAGGGCAACUUGCGCCUGCGUCGUGUGAGGGUCCCAGUGGUUGAGAGGAUUGAGGAUUAGGCUUGGGCAGGGAGAUGGGAUCUGUGAUUGCAGUGCUGGUGCUGGUGCUGCUGCUGCUGCUACUACUACUACUACUACUACUGCUACUACUGCUGUUACUCCUGCUACUGCUGUUACUACUGCUACCGCUGGCUUUGUUUUGUUUUGGAUUGUUUUGCACUCGAACCUUUAGUUGUUUGCUCUGAUUUCUUUACGUCUAGUCAAUCCCAUUCACUGCUGAUCUGCUCCUGUAAACCAGCCAGGGACACCUGGUAGGUACCCAGCUGCUCAUAAUUGGUGUUUAUCACGGAGUGAUGAUGGCCAACCUGGAC